AUGUACCUGCUGGAACGACUCCGCACCGUGGUGAGACGUCGCCUGGAACGUCACUCGCCGGAUCCACGCGAGCAGUACAACAGCAUCGUGACCAGCGUUAACCGGAUCGGUGGUCUGGUCGGGAUCGAUGUAUUUACGCCAAACUUUAAGCCGGGAAAUAUGCACCUCCGGCUGGUGCUGCUAAACUCGUUCGCCUUCUUCUGGAUCAAUCUGUACAACCUGACGACCACGUACGGCAAUCUGGUCGAUUUUAUGUUCUGUUUCGAGACGCUCCUGUACGUGUUCAUCGCCUGGAUCAAGAUGCACGUGUUUGUGAAGCACAAAUCGCUCAUCCUGCAGCUGCAUCAGUUCAUGGUACAGUUCUUCGAUCAGUUCCAUGGUGAUCCGGAACAGGACGCACUGCUCGUUCGCACGCUGGUGGACACAUAUCUGCUGGUGGCGUUGUUUGGAUUCUGCUCCAGUGCGGCGGCCAUGCUCAUCUUCGUGUCCUCUUUGAUCUGGUCGGUGUGCGUUGAGUAUGCGCUCCCGCUCGGAUUCUACAUUCCCACGGUCGGGAUGGACUAUCUGAAGGGGUUCGCGUUGAACUUUGCGUUUCAACUGUUCGAAAGUGGCCUCAUGGUGUCGGGGAUCAUCUCUAGCGAGACUGCGUUUUUCAUAUUUCUACAGAACGCUUGCCUGCAAGUCGACAUGCUGCGGCUCGAGCUGGACCGUUUGGGUCGGCUUGGUGCGCUGAACACCGAUGGACAUCAUACGAGGGAAAUACGAUCCCGGAUACAGUCGAUCAUCGAACAUCAUAUCGAACAUUUGGACUACUCCAAGAGCAUGUGCAGUUUGUUCGAGCUGCACUUCUUCAUCGUGUUCGGGUGCAUCUUCUGCCAGCUGAUUAGCAUUGUGGUGGUGAUAGUUUCGGUUCCCGACUGGUACCCAGGAUACUUUCUCUUCAUCAUGCUCACAGCCCAACUGUUCUUCAGCUGUGCUUUGGGACAAGUUUUUAACAUUAAAAGCGAUGAGCUAACGGUUGCCAUUUAUAACGUUCCCUGGUACAACAUGGAAGUUUGCGAUCAAAAGGCCAUGAAAUUAUUGUUACUUGCAUCUCAACAUCCCGGACGCCUUUCGUACGGUUUUGGGACCGUUAAUAUGAGAGCGUUUUUUGAGAUUUACAGAAAGACCUACUCCAUUGGAAUGAUGAUGAUCAGCGUUAAUGAGGAAGAUUAA